CACGGCCAUUGCAGUACAUUGAGCUCCAUAGAGACAGCGCCGGGGCAAGUGCAAGCCGGCCGGGCACUGGGCGACUGUGUGCUCGCUGAGGGAAAGUAAUUAAACAUGGGCAAAGGAGAUCCUAAGAAGCCGAGAGGCAAAAUGUCAUCGUAUGCUUUCUUUGUGCAAACUUUCCGGGAAGAACACAAGAAGCAGCACCCAGAUGCUUCAGUCAACUUCUCAGAGUUUCCGAAGAAGUGCUCAGAGAGGUGGAAGACCAUAUCUGCUAAGGAGAAAGGAAAACUUGAAGACAUGGCAAAGGCAGACAAGGCCCAUUAUGAGAAAGAAAUGAAAACUUGUAUUCCUCCUAAAGGGGAAACAAAAAAGAAAUUCAAGGAUCCCAAUGCACCCAAGAGGCCUCCUUCGGCCUUUUUCUUGUUUUGUUCCAAGUAUCGCCCAAAAAUCAAAGGAGAGCAUCCUGGCCUAUCCAUUGGUGACGUUGCAAAGAAGCUGGGAGAGAUGUGGAAUCACACUGCAGCAGAUGAUAGUCAGGCUGCUAUGCUGAAGGAGAAAUAUGAAAAGGAUAUGGCUGCAUACUGAGCUAAAGGAAAGCCUGAUGCUGCCAAAAAGGGAGUUGUC